AUGGCCGGACCGAACGUACCCUUCAGACGAGAAUGCAUGGUUAAGGGAGAAAUAAGCGACACCCUGGACUUCGUGAUAGAGGAUGAGUAUAUGGAGGUAACUGCGACACUCCUCCGUGAGUAUGGCUUUUCGGACUCGCCCGAUAGCCUCGACGAAUGGGACCUGCGUCACCCCUGCCGGUUUCUUGAUAAGGAGCGGCGAUAUAUCUCACCGUGCAUGAUACCGGACAAAUGCUUCCAUCUGAGAAUAGCCCCUACCCAAAAGAAACAUUCUAUGCACCCAACGCCGCUAUUUCAUGCUGACUUAGGUCUCUACAAGAAGUCAACCUGGUUGUGGCAUGUACCUUCCCUGCCCAUCGGUCUUCCGUCUGUCGAAGAAUAUGACGAUUUUAUGCUAGCCUCGGGCUAUCAUCUGCCUCAUUCAUGUUUCAAAAAUUAUUCCUGCAUACUGGAAUCCGGCCGGCCGAGUGAGAAGUAUUGUUCUGGCGCCCCGGACAGGGGCCAACCACCAAGCCAGCGUACGCGCCUCGGCCGCUACGAGAAAACCGGGCCGCCGAUCAAGAUCCUCACCCCUGCUCGUUUCCUCGAGAAUAUGCACUACCUGUGGGUCCGUGACCAAGAGAUCAUGGGCGGCAUGGACUAUUGGUCCGAUUUGAUAGAGAGCUUCUUCGAGAUCACGUUUCAUGCUAUGUUUAUCACCACCGACCUCCACAGGGACAAAUUUGCACCCGAAUUUUGGGAUUGGAUGGGUGAUCGAGUAGAGCGGUAUCCACAGGAGUGGCAUAAGCCUGUAUUGGACUCUUAUGGGAGGACUAGGUUACGGCUAGGCGCACCUAGCCGGCAUCCCUCCGGGUUCGAUGUAACAUACAAUAAUGCAUGGAUAAACCUGAAUGUCCUUCGAGCGAAGUUAUCCGAGGGUCACAUUCCACCUACCCCAUUCACAUGGAUGCCUCGUUCGAUGGCUGAGCGCUGCCUUGUCACAUAUGAUGCCUAG